AUGCUACAAAAAGCAUUGACAAUAUCAAUACUAGUUUUGGCAGUAACAUGUCAAGAGAAGAAAGAUGACAACAAGCCUUCGAAGGUCCUGAAAGAUGACAGUACAGCUCCCAUGACGGUCAAGAUUAUGGAUCAAGUAGACAAAGCUUUGGAACAGCCAGAACGAUUCUUGGACGUUCGGGAGUUUAUCAAAGUAAGUCUUAUCAUUAAAGAUUAGUUAUGAUAAGGUAGAGCCAUUCUUAAGAAGAUGGAACCGUUUCUAAGAAGAUGGGGUCAUUUAUAAAAAAAUCGGACCAAUUCACAAAAUUUAAAAAAUUUUUUAUUAAUUAUGAUGAUGCCAGUUCUAAUGUGUCCAUUACCUAACGACAUCAUUCAGAGUGCCCUAGACAUGAUGCGCACCUACCCAGCCCCAGAAGUUGUAAAGAAAAUUCCUUCCGAACUGCAACGUCAACAAUACGAAGAACAACGUGAAGCCUAUCUUCAGCAUCAACGUCAAAACUACGUUGCCCCAAGAGCCUACUCAGCCAGGACCUACUCUCCAUAUCAACAAAACCAACAACAAGAUAGUCAGUACGGCCCAAAGCCAGCCAUCCCAGUCCAGCCUCAAUCAUCAGACGCUGCCAAAGUUUUGAGCCGGAUUUUCGCCACGCCCACUCAAAAAGACAUGGAAAGCCUGUUCCAUCUACCAGCUGACAUCAUGCAUCGUCUGGCUUCUGAUGCCGGCUACAUUGCUCCACACAAAGAGCCGGCUGAACUGGAAGAACGAUAUAGUAGUAGUGCUAGUGGUGCUAAUGGUGGUUUCUUCGGAGGCGGAAGUCCAGGCACGUUCAGCUUGGGUGGUACGGCUGAUUCUGAAUCGGGCAGCUUCACUACACAGUUUGGAGAUGGUGCUUCUGAAGCUGUUGAGACGACCACUGCCAUUCCAGUAGCUGCUCCACCUAAAGUCAUGUUGAGGACUUAUCAACAGGGAGGGAAGCUGUAAGUUUUAACUUUAUUUAUUCUAUUAUAUACGAUAAAAGUGGCAUUAAAAUAUUAUUUUAAAAGUAGUUUAUCUAAAAAAGUCUGAGUAAAUACCAAAUUUCAGACUUUUUUCACGAAAAAAUUUAAUUUAAAAAAAAAAUUUUUUUUUAAAGUUGAUAAUCAGUAAUGUAAAUCAUAGUAUAUAGUAUUUAUCCGAAAAGUUUGAUAAGGAUAUAUUCAAUAACAACCGAGUUAUGCUUGUUUGAAAAUGUUAAAAAUCUAAAAAGUUCGAAUCCGGCCAGAAAACCGCGCUUUUUUGAUUUCUAACAAGCUGUAACUUUUGUACUAAUCAACAUAGCUUUACGAAAUUUUGUGAAAAGUUGCUUAAUUUUAUGCUUUUUAAAAUGCUUGAUUUCAAUUUUUUAAAAAAUUUCAAAGGCGGCUAAAAAUUUACCUGUAAACUUGAUUUACCCCUAUUUUUCAAGCUUUUUGCCAGUUUUUUUGGCCACAAAAAUUUGAAAUCAGCAAAUAGUUUAUCAAAACCUAGUUACACUGAAAGAAUAUACACUAAGAACGUCAAUAUAUAAUUUCCAAAUUCCAGAGUCCAAGUCCCAGUCCUAGCCGUAAGAUUACCAACCGGCGAAACCCGCUACAUUCCUUACGAAAAGCUCUCCGACUUCUCCGACGCUCUCUCCAAAGCCAUUUCGACCGGUCAAUUGCCGGUAAAUGAGGACGAAAAGCUUGGUGUAACUACGCCAAGAGUUGUGAAUGCGCAAUUUGCUGAAGCCAAACCUGGAGCUAUGUUCAAUUUCCCCGAGAACUUACAGGUAUAGCCAAAAAAUUUUAAAAACCAAAAUUUUUUGAAAUUUUAAAAAAUUUAAUUUUGGUCAAUUUUUAUUUUUUUUACCUAUUUUUUAUCAUUUACUAGUUACUAUAGGCAGAAAUAAGGGCAAUAUAGAAAAAAACGCAAUGCCGUGAUCUCGUGGUGUAGUGGUUAUCACAUCUGUCUAACACACAGAAGGCCGGCGGUUCGAGCCCGCCCGAGAUCAAAAAUUUUUUUGUUGUUUUUUAGGCCUGUAAAUCAUGUUUUUUAAUAUAUAAGUUGAUUUAAAAAAUAAAAAAAAAGAGUUUUUAUGACUUUGUCAAUUAUAAAAUGGCAUAAAAUUAAAUUUUACAGUUUGAUUUUGAUGUUUUUUUGAAAAGCAAACAUCGAAGUUGGGCUUUUUUUUGGUAAAACUCUUUUUUUAUUUUUACGUAACACUUUUUGAAUUUUUAAUUAAUAAACCUUAUUUUAAAUACAACUUAUUACCCGAAAAACUUUUUUCAGGUGGAGCCCCCUACCACCUCCUCCCCUGUCAACGUUCGCACUGAGACCGUUGAAGGCAGCUCCUUCGUACAACAAUUUGAUAACGAAUCCAACGAAAACAAGGACGCAGAGACGGUAAGUGAGCCAGCUGAGCAUCGCUAUGCACCCACAGCACGAUCACCCAAUAGUACUGCACAGUAUCAGCCUAGUAGUGAACUGCUGGCCUUGCUAGAGAAGCUGGGACAAUAUAAGGAAGAGUUGGACCAUGCUGUUGGUUAUCUUCAGACUACAAAGGCUCCAGUUGUAAAUCCAAAAGUUGAAGAAAAGGCUUCUGAAGAAACAGUAGCUACGGAUUCUGAAGUGACGGAUUCAGAAUCCGAAGCAUCAUUGAGUAAGGCUUCAGAAUCUGAAGCGACGGCUUCAGAAGUAGUAGAUGCCACGACAAAAGACGAGUUUCCAAAGCCAAAUGAAAUGAAAGAGCCCGAGUUUGAGCUGAAACAAGAAGUCGAAAGUCUUGAGACUACUGAAGAACCAGUACCAACUACUAAGAGCACUAGUAGGGCUAGUACUAUUAAGAAAAAGACACUUGCACCUAGCACUACUUUGGAGGUUUGUAGCACUUUUUAGUUGAUAUGACACUUCUUUUUAUCACCUUUUUGUUUACUAACAUUAUAUUUAGUAAACAAAAUGGCAAGAACUUUCUUUACAAAACAUUAAAAUGGCAAGAACUUUCUUUACAAAACUAAAAAUUGCAAGAACUUUCUAUACAAGAUAAGAAAUGGCAAGAACUUUCUUUACAAGCCAAAAAAUGGCAAGAACUUUAUUUACAAAACAAAAAAUGUGAUUUCUUGUAUACCUUGUCACUUGCAGGCUGCAGAACUCUAAAUUAUGUGUUUUUGCGUUAAAAUGGCAAGAACUUUCUUUACAAAACAAAAAAUGGCAAGAACUUUCUUUACAAAACAAAAAAUAACACGAACUUUCUUUACAAAUCGAAAAAUUGCAAAAACUUUCUUUACAAAACAAAACACUCAAAUUUUCAGCCAGAAACUACCACAUCAACCACCCCUGCCCCUAACACAGCCAAAACAGCUGGUGAAGUUGUUCUAAAUGGCCGACGUUAUAAGCUAGUAGAAGCUGAAGAAGAACAUCCUGCAACUACAGAAGUCACUGAGGCUACUGAGGCUCUAACUGAAGCCAUCACUAGUACAGCAGAGCCAAAGAAAGCUACAGUAAUGAAAACCCAGAAGUUGAACAUGAAGUCUAACUUGGAACAAGUUAGAAAUUUGGCUAGACAGAACAGAUUGAGACAGCCGACUAUCAGGAAAGCACUGCCUAAUAUGUUUGGAGAGGUUACGGUAAGUUACUAGGCUAUACCCUACCCUACCCUACCCUACCCUACCCUACCCUACCCUACCCUACCCUACCCUACCCUACCCUACCCUUACCCUACCCCUACCCACCCUACCCUAUCCUACCCUAUCCUAUCCUACCCUACCCUACCCUACCCUACCCUACCCUACCCUAUCCUACCCUACCCUAUCCUACCCUACUCUACCCUACCCUACCCAACUCUAUCUUAUCUUGCCUUACCCUACUUCUCCUUACCCUAUCCUACCCUACCCUACCCUAUCCUACCCUACUCUACCCUACCCUACCCUACCCAACUCUAUCUUAUCUUGCCUUACCCUACUUCUCCUUACCCUACAGUACCUUGUGUUCUCGUCUACUGUAUCCUUUGAUCUAGCGUAGACUAUCUCUCAAUACUACAGUAUUUUGUGACGUAUUUUACCUCAUACUCGACCCUAACUAACGUCUUACUCUAUAGCUUAUACUACUCGGGUUUACAUCCUACAGUAGAUUCUUUUUGAGUCUAAAGUAUCCCUUACUCCUGUCUAUCGUAUACUCUAAUUUAAAACCUUUUUUGUACCUAUAAGCUUAUUCCGAAUAUUGUAGACGUUAACAUCAAAUGAUUUUCAGGCCGAUACCACCCUAACCCCAACCACCAUCCCACAACAUCGUAUAUACUCUCUUCGUGAGCUAGAAGAUAUCAUAGCUAGCGAAACUGGCCAUCGUCCUCAAGAUUCUGAAGAAGAACGAACCUUUCCUCGCCGACCUCUGACUUCACAACAAUUACUGUCAGCUGGACGAGUAACUUCAGCAGUAAGUAAUUGAGAAGGCAUGGCAAGAACUUUCUUUCCAAAUACUUUCACAUCUGUCGCUUACAACUAUUUAUUUACCAUUACUUCCUACUGUAUGUAACAUAUACCUUGCUGUAUGUACCUAAUAAAAUAACAAAACCGUGACUUGAUCUAUCUGUGUGCUGUGAUCUGUGGUUAGUUUAAUGUAAAAUACGUAAUCGAAAAUACGUAAAGUUAUCUUCCAUGUAAGCUUAAAAAUAGUAAAAAAGACUAUUUUUCGUAUAACUUGUAACCCGCAGCCUGCAGAAUUCCAACCUUUGUUUCUUUGCGUUAAAAUGGCAAGAACUUUCCUUACAAAACUUAAAAUGGCAAGAAAUUUCUUUACAAAACAAAAAAUGGUAAGAACUUUCUUUACAAAAUAAAUUUUAAAUAUUAAUUUCAUUUUUCUUAAAUCUAUGCUAUUUUCAUUACCAUAACCAUCAUACUUAUGAAAGUACGUUAAUUUCAAGACAUUCAUUUUUGAAGCUUUUAUAAACUUUUGUAUGUAGAAUCGAGCCGAUUUACUGCGACAAGAAUACAUGUUAGAAAAGACGGUAUGGAGAGAAAGAGCAGUUGAAGCUUUUCGAAAUUUUGAGGACAAUCCGGUAAGUCUUCACUUUUAGCCCAGAGCCCUAAUUCAGAGCCCUAGCCCAAAACCCUAGCCCAGAGCCCUAGCCCAGAGCCGAAGCCCAGAGCCCUAGCUCAGAGCCUAGAUCAGAUCCCUAGCCCUAGCCUAGAGCCCUAGCCCAGAGCUCAGAGCCCAGAGCCCAGAGCCCAGAGCCCAGAGCCCAAGCCCAAGCCCAAGCCCAAGCCCAAAGCCCUAGCUCAGAGCCCUAGCCCAGAGCCUUAUGCAAAACGUUCUUGCAAUUACAUAAAUCUUCUUCCGAAAAAAUGUCUGACGUUACAUAAAUUUAUAACACUUUAAAAUAGCCUUAGAGAAAUUGCAAGAAUUCGUGUUACGCAACUUUUUCUUAUGCAAUAUUAUGGUUUUAUGUCGUAUUUACCUCGGUGUAAUACGACCCAACAAAUGACUGCAAGUGCUGGGAUUUUACUCCGUUUUUCCUCGAGGAAUCUUAUCUAGGUCCGUUUUCUUCAUAGUUUCUGCCCUAACCUGUUCUACUCCACCCUACUCCUUCCCACUUCCCACGGUUGUCUAGCCAUAGCCUCAGUCAUGGCCUCAGCCCUAGUUUUUAGCCCGUUCCUUUAUGUUUAGCAGUACCCUAGCCUUGCUUUAUCCUUGCCUUACCCUUACUCUACAUUUGCUUUACCUUGCGCUACUCUUGCCCUGCCUUUGCCCUGCCUUUGCUUUGCCAUGUAUUUGCCUUGUCUUACAUUACCUUACCUUACCUCAUCAUUCCCUACCGUACGCGUACGCUAAGUUAAAAGAUGGCCCAGAUCUUUGAUAUUAUCAAGUUUAUUGAUUACUACUUACACCUAAAGUGUAUAUCCCAAGGUAGGGAAAUAUCAGACCUACAAAUAUAAAGGUACAAAAGGGACGCGACUGCGUCCCAGACGUUCACAAGUUAUUCUCCUCGAUUCAGAUCGGGCUUUUAGGAUCCACCCAAGUGGGCGGCCCGUUUACUGUUACCUAAACCUAACAUACCCUACUUACCCUACUUUACUGUAUUUUACCUUACACUUUUGUUUUAUCCUACCCUAUCCUGCCGUACCCUGCUCUAGAAUGUUGUAUUCUACCCUUCCCUACCCAUUUUUUAAUUUUUUAAAAACUCAAAAUCUUUUUCAGAACGACAACAUUGAAGAACGCUGUCGAGUAGCGAAUGAAUUUUCUCGUCGCUUUUUCAUUGAUGAUUUGAGUGAAUUCGCGAAAUUGAAUUGUGAUUUUGUGGAAGACUACAUACCUGUUCAUUGUCACAAGUUGGCAGAGUUUUAUGAAAAUUGUGAUGACAAUGUAAAUAUCACAGUUGUUAGUAGUACUCCGAGUAGUACUAGCAGUACUGUCAGGUCAAAGACCACAACAAUUGCUACUUCUAACAUCAAUUUGGAUGUGCUACGAUAG